AUGUCCUUCGUAGUCACUAUCGUGGUUACGCUCCUGGGCUCUUCGGUUGCAGUUGCAUAUGUCCUGCAGCCGUCCAACGAAGAGCCUGCAACAUCUGCUCUGACUUAUCCCAGGUGCCAAGGUGAGUCACUGGAGUCCAUCAGGAAGAGUCUCCUCAAAGCACUCAACCUGCAGACUGAGCCCCGUCUUCCUGCUGGCGGCCUGGAUGCCAUCAGAGAGCAAUGGCAGAGAACUUUUGCCACCAUGUCUCAAAGAGCUGAGCACAAUUCAGCUCCUCCAGUUGCAGCACCUACUGGUGCAAAUGGUGCUGGCCUGUCGUGCUGCUCCGUGACCUCUGAGAUCUUCAUGAAAGAUCUGGGCUGGGACAACUGGGUGAUCCAUCCAUCCAGCCUCACCAUGGUUCAGUGUGCACCCUGCAACCCAGAAACAAUGACUCUGCAAUGCCCAUCAUCCUUCACCAACACCCAUGAUGCCGCCUCACAGGUGCCAUGUUGUGGGCCCAGCUCCCAGGAAAUGGUGCCUGUCGUCUACAUGGAUGAAUACAGCACGGUCGUCAUUUCCUCCGUGCAGCUCACCCGCAGCUGUGGCUAUGGACCUGGAAACAUCCAGCAGCCCAGUAAACAGUAAAGUUGCUUUUAUUGGUAUCUGACAAAUGAGAGCCACCUGGCACAUGAACAAAAACAACACAUGUCAGAAAGAGUAGAUAACACCUCCCAAAUCCAACAAACUCUUUUGUUACAUUUGAAAGUUAAGUGUGGGAAACUAAGUUUUGCAUCCCCGUUUCUCCUGUUGUAACUGGGGAGAAUGAUACAGGGGCAGUAUAUGCACUAUAUUUGCGGAAUAAGUCAGAUUUGUUUAUUGAACUAAAUCUUAAAUCCCACUCCAGCAAGUGUUAGCAAAAGUAUUGUUGAAAAUGCUGGUAGUUUAUUGCUAAAUAGAGGUCAUGAGUUUGGAGCACUAUUUAUAGUUGCUAACUGUUACGGAGUGUUCCCUCCAGAAAUUUGAGACUGCCCGGAGCCAAAUCCUCUCACAUGCCAGUCUCUCAUCUGAGCCGUGAAACAACUCUUUCCCACCAUGGAAAAAGUUUGAAUUCAAUAUUGCAUAAGAGUAUAUACAUUUUUUUUUUUUUGUAAUGAAACAACUAAUUAAACUAAAUACAGUUUUUAAACUUCUCUUGAGUAAAUGAAAAUCUGUGCUGUACAUCUCCACAAACAUCCAUUGGUCACACUCCAGCAGAAAAUAUAAACAGGAUGAUGUUACCCCACAAUCCCCCCAAAAAACUUAUUUUGAAUGAUAUUUUAACAGUUUAGGGGUGUCAAUUCUGUUUGUCAGUCAUGUGUUGAUCCACAAUAUUUUGUUUGAUUCUGUAAUGCAUGCUUUUAUAUUCAUUUUAAACAGUGUUUGUUUUCUUUUAAUAUGCAUAUCUGAUGUCUCUCAUGACCUUUUUGAACACACAUUUUGUCUGUUGUUCGAUUAUUUGCUCUCACUCACUUCACCACGUUACCUCACAACUCACCUCUGCAAGUCGGCUAUUAUUUAUGAGUGAAGUGCUACUACACCGCCACACUUUUAUCCAUACACUGUAUUCAAAUACAAAAAUGCUUUAUUGUGCUUUUGAUGCUUUAUUUACAUCCUAAACAUCUGUACAAUGUAAAUGAUUUGAUUUCCUUCA